ACCAACAUCCUCUCGUCCUCCAUGAAUUUCCCCUGCAACCCUACACGCACGAAAGAAAAUGUCCAUAAUGUCCCUUUCCAUUCCAAUACCUCUUCGAAACCUCUCCUUCUCUAGGGUUUUAACCGGACCAGACAACGCCUUCCUUGAAACAAAACUGUCUCAGCUCUCGCUCGGCACUGCACAAUUUCCAGCCAAAACGACGUUGAUUCGCAUGGGUGGGGGUCCGAGAACCUACCCUGGAGGAGUAUCGAAAUGGCAAUGGAAGCGCAUGCAAGCAAAAAAGGCCAAACAACUACUCAAGGCUCGGCUGUGCCGCGAGCGCCAGGUGUACGAGAUGAGGAAGAGAGCGGAGCUGAAAGCGGCAGUGUCAGAGCUGGAGAGGCCCUGGGAGGUUGUGGAGAGAGCACCCACGUUGUUAUCGGUGAGUGCCGACGAGCAAUUGAAGGUAUUGGCUGACCGCUUUCAGAGACCUGAUGGGUUCGAUUUGUGGUCCGAAAAGGACGGACCCCAAUUGUUCGAUAAGGCGGAUGGGGUGCCAUCAGCGAGGUUUUUUCCCAAAGGGGUUGUGCACAGCAUCAAGCCGUACGAAGCUAGGGAAAUGGCAAAGGAAAGGGAUGGGUUCAGAAAACAAGUUGAUUUGAAGAAUUCGAUGGAUGAGGAAGGGAAUUCGUAUAGCGGAAAAAGCGGGAAUGGUACUUACGGGAAAUCUAGGAAGCGGAGGACUAGGAAGAGAAUUGGGUCUACUGCCAAUUCUUCCAAUUUUGAUUUUGAUGGCGGCCAGGGGCCCACUAUUGCUCAGAGAUUGGAAUAUUCAGAUUCUGAAUUUUAUGAUAUGAGUUUGCAGCAGGAUGGGAGUUAUGGAUUUGAAGCCAAGUCCUCGUAAUGUUACUUGAAAUUCGGGGCUAAAGAUGUAACUGGAGUCGAUUCAUUCUAGUCUUGGUGGCAAUUGAAAAGAAUGGGAUGUGGAAUGGCAGAAGCUUUUUAAUGAAACUUCGUUGUGGUAAUAACCAUUACUCUCCCAGUGUGCAUUUGUGGGUAUAUAUUCAUAUCAUAUGUUUCAAACUUCUUGCAAGUAAAUUGUAUGUAGAGUCCUGACUCGUAAUGUGCUGAAGUUGUCGUAUAGAAAUUCAAAUAUUAGCAGAAAGAUUAGUCUGCUGUGAGCUUUGAGCUAUGCCAAAACACCUGAAAACAUAAAUUAUGCAUAUAUUUAUUCUAUUGGGUUA